AAAAAGAAAAAUGAUGAUCACUCUAAUUUCUCAGUUUCUACUUAUUGUACGUUCCUAUCCGCGCUAAAGUGCAUCUCAUUAAAUGCUGUAAAAUACUGUUAAAAGUUUACUUUAGAGCGGUCCCUGACUGACUGAGCUAGAGGUAUUUGCAGCAAGGAUUUUUACAUAGAAUAUUAUAUUCAAAGGAGGUUGUUUUUUUGUAAAGAAAUUUCAACCCUAACCAGUUGGAUAUGUUAUGAAAAAUGGAAGAAGAAAACCAACAAUCAUCCAUAAUUUUUAAAGUGUUUUCAUUGUACAAGAAAUAUGGAGACAAUGAUUAUUUGGGAGAACCAGUCAACCAACUAGAACAUGCAACCCAGUGUGCUAUGUUGGCAGAGAAAGAGGGCUAUUCAGUUGAAGUGAUACUUGGUGCGUUUCUGCAUGACAUAGGACAUCUAGUAGGAAAGGACAAUAAUUUAGAAGAUAUGGUAACUGACGGCGUGAUAAUUGGUACCCAAGAUCAUGAUAAAGUUGGAGAAAUCUUCUUAAAAGACCUAGGAUUUCCAAAGGCUAUCACAGAUUUCGUUCGAGGUCACGUUUCGGCGAAAAGAUAUCUUGUCGCAAAGAAACCUGGAUAUUAUGAUCAGUUAUCGAGUGCAAGCAAAAUGACGCUAGUACAUCAAGGUGGCCCAAUGAGUGAAGAUGAGGCAACGACAUUUGAAAAGUUGGAGAAUUUUGAAGCAAUCCUGAGAAUGAGAAGUUGGGAUGAACAAGCCAAAAUUGAGAAUAUGGUUAUUGAUCCACUUGACAAAUACGAGGCUAUGUGUAAGACUUACUUAAAUAAUCUAAAAAUAUCCGUGUAAAAUCAUAGAAACAAUAUGCACCAAUACAUGAUUAAUGAAACACUAUUAUGGAUUAGCAAAUAGAAUAAUUUACCUAUUUAUAUUGUAUUGAAUUUUAUGCUAUCUCUGUAAAUAAGAAUAAUUUGUAAUCUAUCAAAAAA